UUUAUUUAACUAACAAGGCUUGAAGUCAUAUUGUUUUAACAGACGUUUGAGUCUUGGGUUCUUUUGCCAGCCUUCUACCUGUGUAUUUAUAAAACACACGCUAAAUUAUAUAUCUCUGGUAAGUAGGGAAAAUCUAUGCAGAAAUUUCUACUUUUUUGCCUCUAAAAGUUUAAAAGUAAAGAAUCAAUGUACAAACUGACUGCUCAAAGGUAGCUAACAUAUGCAAUAUUAUAUAUACUAACAGUUUUGAAUUAGAGCUAUUCCUCUUAUAAUUUGUCACCAUAGCAAAUAUUUAUGAAAGAGAAAAGUAGAUUUUUUUUUUAGUUUGACUGCAUUUUAGCAGGUUUAACUAAGGCAUUUUCCCCAGAUUGCAUCAUUAGUUAUUUCAGUACACUGCAUCUAUAAAUUUCAAUGUAGCCUACUUCCGUCAUAACUAAAAAUCAAACUCAAUCAAUUAUUUAAUUUAAUUUUUUGGUACAAUUUUGUCACAUCCUCUCGCUCUCUGGGCCACAGUCUAAAACUGUGUAAAAUGAUUUGAUGCUUCAAACUAACCGGCUGUGUAGUCCCUUCUUUCAUAAGUAGCUUUGAUUGACCGGAAGUGACUCAACAGAUGUUGUAUGACCGACCGGAAGAGCAGGAGCAAUCAUGACAGAUGGAGCUGUAGCCACAUGUUUCUGAUGGGUUGGAGCUUGUUAUACGUUGCUGUAAGCAUCACACCCAAUCAGCACUGGUUCCAGAGGGAGGAAAGGACAGGCAGAUCUAGAUCAAACAAGACCUAGAAACUCAACCUACAUCGGGCAGAGUUAAGACGGCUGUCAUAAGGAUUGCUUCGACGACUGUUUGGAGAGGGAUAUGGAGAAGAGGACAGAUACACAGGCUGUAACUCUUCAGAGGCAGUGCAUCCAUGAGAGGGAAAAGUCUGAAGACUCUGAUGUCCAAAGGAAUCUUACAGGUGCAUCCUCCAAUCUGUGACUGUCCUGGCUGUCGAAUUUCAUCUCCAGUGAACCGCGGGCGCUUGGCUGAGAAACGCACCAUCCCCCUGCCUCCCAACCGGGUUCCCAAGAAGGAGCUGGCCUCCAUCUUCAGCAGUGACGACAGUGAAGGCAGCGAGCGGGCCAGUGGGGAUCAUGCCCACAUCAAACAGGAGGACGAGUUACAUUACAGUAUUAUGAGAAAGAGUCGUGACAGUGACCUCUCUACAAUCAUCUCGAACCUGCACCACACCAGACAGCACGGCAUGCCCGAGGGCCAGUCAGCUACUGACCACAACACCAGUACUGGACACACAGAUGACCUUCUAGGAAAGAGGAGAAGCUUCUCUCCCAACAGCAGCAGCGAGUGUCCCUCUGACAGCAAGAAGUCACGCAGUGUAUCCCCCAAAGAGAACUCUCAAAGCCCAGUGGUGGAGGCAGGCGGCAGCCACGGCCUCAUGAGCCCUGAGGAGCACUACAGGCGCAUGAUGUCCGCGCUCAGUGAGCAAGGCUCCUAUGAGGAGCAACAACAGCGGCUUUACCAGCUGGCAAGCAGUAUGGGUCUCCCCGGCCACGACAUGCUGCGCGCUCGACAGGAAGCGUUGGCUGCAGCAGUGAGGAAUCCAGCCGCCCUAGAAGCUCACCUGCCCUCUGCGGGCAGCUCCUCUUCGUCCAGCCAGAGACGCAAGCAAGGUCUGCCGCAACACCGGGACGCUCAUUACCCCGACAGAGAUCUGUCCCAUCCUCCACCCCUACUGUCACCUCCAACUGCUCCUCACAUUGCCUUAGGACCCCACCUGCGGCCUCCUUUCCUGGGUAUGCCCUCAGCUCUCUGCCAGGCGCCUGGUUAUGGUUUCCUCCAACCAGCUCAGGCUGAGAUGAUUGCCCGCCAGCAGGAGAUGUUGAGAAAGCAGAAUCUAGCCAGACUUGAGAUGUCCGCAGAGCUUCUCAGACAGAAGGAGUUGGAAAGUCUCCACCAGCGACAGCAGCAGCACCGUCUUCUGAGCUCGGACCAUCUAGGAGCUCUACCUCCUAGCCUGCCUCCCGACCAUCCAGCCCUGCGAAGCCUCCACGACAUCCCAGAGGGUCAUCCACUCCGAGAAGAACUGGUCCGCCGCUCAAAUGCAAUGCUGGUGCUUCGCCAUGGGGCUGCCACACCUCUCCUAACGCUCAACCACCACCAGCAGCAACAGCAACCAGGAGCGUCCUCUGCACCCAAAGACACACAGGCACAGAGCUCCAGAGCUGGGCAAGAUGCUGAGCCAAGGAAGGCUCCUUACAGAGGCUCUAAAACACAGCACCGUGCAGGGGACCAUACUGAAAGAAGAGAGGACAGAGGAGACAGAGAGGUGCAGGAUGAGGAGAUGAAGGACUCUGACAGUGACUCAGAGAUAUGUGAGGAGAGGCAGGAGAGAGUCAGUGCCACAUCCAGCAGUAAACCCAGAGACAGAGAGGGGGGUAAGGAGACUGGCAGCAAGGGAGUGUGUGACGGUGCCAACGAGGGUGGAGAGGGCUCAGGAAGGCUUAGUGCCCCCUGUAGCUCAGCAGGUACAGAGUCACCGAAUCACCAUCUCUUCACUGCUGGACUGGGCAAAACUGAUGUGAAGUACCACCUGCCGCCUGGGUUUAUGCCACCGCUGCCUGCUCUGCACGCCCAGUCGCUGCCCUUUGGAUUCCCUUACACCAACCCCUACUUCCACACUGGCUCUAUGGGAGGUCUUUUCAUGGAUGGGGAGGACUCAGCCACAGCAAACCCUGUGGAGGACAUCAGCAAGUGGAGUGUGGAGGACGUGUGUGGCUUCAUAAGCAGCCUGGCCGGAUGUGCUGAAUACACACAGGUGUUUCGGGAGCAGGCCAUCGAUGGAGAGACAUUACCGCUGCUCACUGAGGAGCACCUGCUCAACACCAUGGGACUAAAGCUGGGGCCUGCGCUCAAGAUCCGCUCACAGGUGGCGCGGCGUGUUGGCAGGCUUUUCUACAUGACUGGAUUCCCGCUGGCAUUCCCGUUUCCGCCUUCUGCCGCGCUACGCCCCCCAGAAAGGGAUCGGGACCCCCUGUCUACGCCUUCUGACACACCUAUGCCCCUCUCUAUGUCCCUAUCCCACAGACCCAUCUCAACCAGCAGCAGCUCCUCACCAUACAGUGGACCCACCCCGGGGUGCUCCUCCCCCAAGCAAGAAAACGGUAAUGGCCCCGCAGUGGUGGGAAGAUAUGAGGCUAAAACGCCUUCAUAGGAGAGGGCUGGCAGGAGCGAGGAAGACAGACCUGCCUCAAACCAACCAAAGAGUCAGAAAGACUGACUCCCAGGGCCCACCUCCAGACUCUGCCCCACUUUGGUACCUUUACACUGAAUUAAUGGGACAAUAUUGUACUGGUAAAGGACAACUUAAAGAUAGACUGUAUCAAACACCAAUCAGAGUCUGAGUUCCUCUGCAGUGGCUGUAGCUGUGCAGAAACCAAACAAACUGGGUUGGAACGGAGACACGUGGGGAACAGAGGAAGAGGAAAAAGAGACAGCUGGUCACAGACAGCCUGCCAAAAAAAGGAGCGAAGCCCUGCCACAAAUGCGACAUUCUUGCAAGUCAGACAGUGAGACGCUAGCGGAAACUCUUCCUUCCUUCCUGGGCUGGAGGAAGCUCUGCUCACUCACUCUCUUUCUCUUGUCUCCGACUGCUCUCACCACAAGCCCUUCAGAACCCAGGAAUUAAAAAGAAACACCCCCCAAUCCCCCCUUUUCUCCCUCCCUCCCUGGCUUACUAGGGGCAAACAGCAUUGUGGAGCUUUCCUUUUAGAGGCUGGAGUUGAAGCAUAAGCUGAGCACCAGAUCUGACCAGCCCUCUCUUAUCACUGCAACUAUGCAUUCCACUGUCCUGAUACCAAAGAUGACCGGAUGUGUGGAACUGAACCCGGGUUUCACUAUGUCUGCUUCUUUUUGCAUUAAUGGUCUCAGAUAAAGACUGGUUCUACAGGGAAAUGCUGGGCUAGUGCCUCACAUGAUAAACUGUGUUUGAGGUGACACAUGCAGCGUGUCAUUCACUGACGAUAAAAGUGUUGACGAAAUGAAACAGCCUCAAUGGUGGCUAUGGUGUGUACGGCUUUCGUCAUUGUACGCUUGUGAACUACUGUGGGAGGUAGGAAACCAUGCAAAUUGUACAGAAUCAUGCAUAAGAUGAAAAUAUUCUGAAGGUUACAUACGUGGUACUUCAACUUUUUGUUUAUUGUAGUUGCACGAAUAAGGUUUUCUUUACUGAAAAUGUGACUUGCUGAACUUUGGUGGUACUUCUGUUUAUACAUUUUGGUUUUGCAAUUUUUUAAACUGUAAAAUGAACACGCUCCAAUCUUGAAUGCUACUUCAGCAUAUAAAUAUGAGGAAAAAAUAUUUAUAGGACUUUUGAUGUAGUAGAUAAAGCAGAUUAUGAUAUGUAUUAUAACUAGCCCUUAAAUGGAUCCAAAGAUACUUUACUUUGUUUUUUCUCUUGGUUGCAGGGAAAAGAAAGGCACAAAGCUCUUAAUGCAAAUGUUUUGAUUUUUUUUUUUUAAACACGCAAGCAAUUAAUUAAAAUGGUCUCUAGAUUUCCCUU